AUGGAACGCAUCGGCCGGCAAAGCGAUACGCUCAAAGCUGUCUUCGGCGAGCCCCAGACCGAGCCGCCUCCCUACGCGUCUGCCCGCUCCUCCGUCGCCUCCUCCGGCCGCUCCUCCGUCUCCUCGGCCGCACACCUCUCCACUCCGCCGCGAUUGGGCUAUGCACAGAAUCACCACCUACCCAGCCUGGCCGUUCCCCGGGGCUCCCUCGUCCUCGUCACGGGCGCGAACAGCUUCCAAGGAAUGCACAUCGUCGCCCAACUCCUUGAGAAUGGCUACUUGGUUCGCGGAACGGUGCGAGACAGCAGCAAGGCUGCGUGGACGACUAAGUUCUUUACAGACCGAUACGGCGGCGCGCGAUACUCUGCUAUCGUCGUGCCGGACAUGGCGGUGCAGGGAGCGUUCGACACGGCCAUACGGGACUGCGCUGGUGUCAUCCACGUCGCUUCCGUGACCGACUUAUCCCCCGAUCCCAAUCUCGUCGUCACGCCUACCAUUGCCGGCGCGCUGAAUGCUCUCGAAGCUGCGGCGCGGGAGCCGAGGGUGGUGAGAUUUGUCUACACCAGCUCCGUUGCUGCUUCCAUUUCCCAUGCUCGUGGCGAGAGGUAUGAGAUCUCGAGUCAUACGUGGAAUAUGACGGAUUUCAAUGUUGCGUGGGCUGCGCCGCCGUAUGAGCGGGAGAGGGCGCUCUCUGUGCGGGGGAGUGCGAAGAUGCAGACCGAGGCGGCGAUAUGGAGGUGGCAUGAGGUCAACAAACCAACCUUUGUGCUCAAUACGGUCCUCCCCGACGUCCUCUGGGGCGAGGUCCUCGACCCUAAGAACCAAACACACCCCCUUUCCAUCGAGAUUCUCCAAGCAAUCUACAACAACGCCAUUCCCCCCGCAUACCCACCUUCCCACUUCGUCGACGUUCAAGACUCUGCGACCCUCCACCUCGCCGCCCUUCUGCUCCCCGACGUGCAAAGCCAGCGCAUCUUCGCCGUCGCCGCCGCGUGGAACAUGCACUCGCUCAUCCGAACUAUGCGUACACUUUUCCCGUAUCGCAAACUCGAGCGUGAUGUGCCCGAAGGGGGCGUGGAUCGCACGGUGUUCCGCGAGGCGGGCAAGGCGGAGGCGCUGUUGAGGAAGAUGGGGGCCAAGGGGUGGAUGGGGAUGGAGAGGAGUGUGGAGAGGACUUGUGUGGCGUUUCGGUGA